GUGGUGCAACUGCCUUUAAGAAUGUUGCUCAUUCGUCGACGGUGGGCAGAGUGAACAAAGAGCGGACACGUGAUGGGAAACGCCGAGACGAAGCAGCCCCGCACGAGCAAUGCCACCCCAGCCACGCAACCACGGCCCCAAUCGACAUUCCAGCGCAUUGAAAACAUGUAUUCCAACCUGGACGACUUGAAACGAGACCUCCGCCGCAAAGGCCUCGAGAGCUGCAACUUGAUCCUUGGCAUUGACUUCACAAAGUCGAACGAGUGGACGGGGAAACGCACGUUUGGUGGAAAGUGUCUUCAUGACGUGAGGUCGUACCAGCUGAACCUGUACGAAGAAGUCGUCGACAUCGUGGGCCGUACGCUAAGAGAAUUCGAUGACGACAACAUCAUCCCUGUGUACGGGUUUGGCGAUCAGUUGACGGGGGAUUCGUCGGUGUUUUCGUUCAUGCCGUUUCUGCCCAUGGGUCGACCAGCCAUUCCUGGCUAUGCCCUCGAAGGUGUUCGGCAGCGGUACCGCGAAAUCGCGCCGCAUGUGUCCAUGUCAGGCCCAACGUCGUUUGCCCCAGUCAUACUUCAGGCCGUGAACACCGUGAUUGCAAACGGAUAUUCCUACCACAUCCUCGUGAUCGUCGCCGACGGCCAAGUAACGCGGUCCGUGGACGUGCCGGUCGGCGAGUUCAGCAAGCAAGAGCUAGACACAAUGAAUGCGAUCUGCUACGCAAGCAAUUUUCCCCUCAGCAUUGUUCUCGUCGGCGUCGGCGACGGGCCUUGGGACAUGAUGCAGCAGUUUGACGACGCGCUCCCGCAGCGCCGCUUUGACAACUUUCAAUUCGUCGAGUUCGAUAAAGUCACUAGAGAUGUCACUCGCCGCGAAACGCAGUUUGCGCUGCACGCUCUCAUGGAGAUUCCAGAGCAGUAUCAAGCAGUGCGGCGCCUCAACUUACUGCAGCCCCCACCUCGACCUUUCCCGCCACCGUUCACCCCCAUGAUCCUCCCCCCUCCUGAAUUCCAGCCAUUCCCUCAAGGCGAGUUCAACUAUGCCCCCACCAGCUCUGCCCAUGUCAGCAGCGCUGCACCGAUAUACUACCCUGGAGGCGCGCCCUACCAACCUCCGUUUCCACCAAAGUCGGUACCGGCACCUCCUCCAGACAUCGCGGUCGGUGCCCCCGUGGCAGAGGUAGUCGUGCCGUGCCCGCGGUGCACGUUUGCAAACCGGGCCUCAUCGUCAACGUGUGCGUUGUGCGGCGAGGCGCUGCCGGCCAACCCGUCGGCCCCGCCGCCGACUGGUCGUGCCGCCGAAGACGACCCCGCGACGCUCUCGAGGCGGUUGCGUGCGAUGGAAGAGGAGCUCAUAUGCACCAUUUGCAUGGCGGCAAAAAAGAACGUGGUGUUUCAAUGCGGCCACGAAACGUGCGAAGACUGCAGUAAAAACGUCGUCAACUGCCCUUCGUGCCGCUUGCCGAUUCGCACGCGCACCCGGCGCUAUGGCUAGCUGUCACGAAUUUUACUAACACAGGCGUACUUGCAAGCGUUUGCAAAUGGGCUCCAUCCAUCGGCAGACGAUACGGUCGACCCCGUGUUUUACUCGAUCUACCUACGCCCCCAAGCUCACAGCCCGACGAACAGACUGUCGCGCGCCUCGUCAUGGCAAUGCCAAGCGCUCUUGGCAGGUCCGCCAGUCGGAAGAUAUCGUGGUCCACUAGUCGCUGUUGCCUACAUGUGCGCCCGGCCUCGUCGACCUUAGCUGACAUCGUACAUGUGCAGCGUUUGAAAGAUGUGCGCACGUCGCGCUGUCGUCGUGGGGCAUCUCUGAAACCUUCAUCGACGGGAAUGACGGCCACCGAACGCUCGCGCCGAUCCUAGCCGUCCACCGCGACCACGGUGCCGCUAGCGUGCGAGUGAAGCCGCCUGUCACUGCAAAUGGUCGACUUACGAGGGGGGAGUGCGCUGCUUCGGUUGAGCAUUGCGGUGGUUGACAAGGAUAUGCACCAGUAGCGCGACCAUCGGAGUGCAAAAGAGCCACAUGAGCGUACUCACCGACACGUGGUGUGGAGCAGUUGCAGCAAUCACAUUCAUGGCCACACACACGGUGGCAUUCCGCAGCACGACGUGGACUGGCAAGCUGAGAAGGACUGGGAUCGCGAUCAAAAGGAUCGACGUCGAAAUGGAGAUGACAAAGGCUGCCGUGGCCACCGAGAUGCCAUCCGCCGCUGUCGUCGGCGACGACGUGGCUUCAAGUCGUCGCCGGUGCCCGUCCGGCGCGCCGGCCUGCGUCGCCAGGCCCAUGAUGUAAAUGCCCGAUGCAAACGCAGCAAGCGGCGCAUGGAUGAAAAAGUGGCCGUAUGCGACGACGUACGUGAGGUUGGGUUGGUCGUGUAAGAUUUGUCCAAACGGGACGAUCGAGUAAAUCCACCACAGCACGAAAAGCAGCACCAUGCUGGCGACGCAUGUGCUGACAGCUUCGGUGUUGAAUGCGUCGGCCUUGAGGACCGUGGCAUGGGCCAGCGACAGCAUCGUCUCACCAACGACGAUCGUGGUAAACUCAUUGUACCGAUCCGACACGUGGUGCGCGUGAUAGCGUGUGCGGCCCGCGGCGGCGGUGGUUCGCUGUGCAAUGUACGGGUAGGCCAGGUCACAGCACGCGAGGAUGGCAAACCCAACGACUUGGCUCGCAUACGUCGUGCUGUACGUUUGCUGAAUGUACCAGCACGCCAUGAUGAAUGUCGAGAGGGCGCUGUGCUUGACGUUCACGGCGCGGCGGUCGGGGUCCUCGUACGCUGCCCGCAGCCGGAAAAACACGCCGUGGAAGAAGCGCAGGACGAUGUACCCGACGACAACCUCGGCAAAGUUGUGCGCAAUGCCGUCCGAGAUCAUGAAGAUGCCGAUCAUUUCGCCAAACGUGCCCACGCGGUACAGCACGUCGUCGACAUCGUACGUGGUCGCAAACCACACGUACGGGAACCACGUGUUCCAGAUCGUGAAAAACGAGACCAAGAACGCCAUGAACGACUCGGCUUUGUCGCCACCGUG